AUGUCGGAGAGCGACCGUGCCUCGUUCGCGCUUAUGAUCCAGAGUUUGUUCUGGGGCUGCUGCCGCUCCAGUGACGCGCCUUUCUGCGCCGAUGGCCUCCCACCGCAUCGGCGCGCGCGUCGCGGGCCUCUCCGACGCCUGCCGUCCCCUCAAAAAUGCCGGCGCGACGCAAAGCCAGCGCAGCUGUGCGCCAUCAUCGAGGCGCAGGCGGGCGCGAGCGACGCUGCGCUACGCGUGGCGGAGGAGCACGCCGCUCGGCUCGUGGAGCAGCCCGAGUGGGUGCUCUCCGAGGUCCUCCUCUCGCCGGACCUCGCCCCGCACAUCCUCGCCCAGCUGCCGACGAAGGAGCACGCCGUCAAGGGGACGUGCCGCGCGUGGCGCCGCGGCUGGAAGGAGACGCUGAAGAAGCGCGAGAGGCCGCGCCUGUGGACACAUGCUCUCGCGCGUGGCGCUGACGGGGACUAUUGUGCAAAACAAAGGUAUUGCUAA